CGGCCGCUGCCGCCUUCGCCGUUGCAGAGCCGCCUUCGCCGCCGCCGCCGCCGCCGCCGGGGCCAGCGGGGCCAGCGGGGCCACCGGCGACAUGUACGGCUUCGUGAAUCACGCCCUGGAGCUCUUAGUGAUCCGCAAUUACGGCCCCGAGGUCUGGGAAGACAUCAAAAAAGAAGCCCAGUUAGAUGAAGAAGGGCAAUUUCUGGUCAGAAUAAUCUACGAUGAUUCCAAAACAUAUGAUCUGGUUGCUGCUGCAAGCAAAGUUCUUAAUCUUAAUGCUGGAGAAAUCCUCCAAAUGUUUGGAAAAAUGUUUUUCGUGUUUUGUCAAGAAUCUGGUUAUGACACAAUCCUCCGUGUACUGGGCUCCAAUGUCCGAGAAUUUUUGCAGAACCUGGACGCUCUACACGACCACCUGGCUACUAUCUAUCCAGGUAUGAGGGCACCUUCCUUUAGGUGCACUGAUGCCGAAAAGGGCAAAGGACUCAUCCUGCAUUACUAUUCUGAGAGAGAAGGACUCCAAGAUAUUGUCAUUGGAAUCAUCAAAACGGUGGCUCAACAGAUCCAUGGCACGGAAAUCGACAUGAAGGUCAUUCAACAGAGGAAUGAAGAAUGCGACCAUACCCAAUUUUUGAUUGAAGAAAAGGAGUCUAAGGAGGAGGAUUUUUAUGAAGACCUUGACAGAUUUGAAGAAAACGGUACCCAAGAAUCACGCAUCAGUCCUUACACUUUCUGCAAAGCUUUCCCUUUUCAUAUAAUAUUCGACAGGGAUCUGGUGGUCACUCAAUGUGGCAAUGCCAUUUACAGAGUGCUCCCUCAGCUUCAGCCCGGGAAUUGCAGCCUUUUGUCCGUUUUCUCCCUGGUGCGACCUCAUAUAGAUGUUAGCUUCCAUGGGAUCCUUUCACACAUCAACACAGUUUUUGUGCUCAGAAGCAAGGAAGGAUUGCUGGAUGUGGAGAAGCUAGAAUGCGAAGAUGAAUUGACUGGGACUGAGAUCAGCUGCUUGCGUCUAAAAGGUCAAAUGAUCUACUUACCUGAAGCUGAUAGCAUUCUUUUCCUGUGUUCUCCAAGUGUGAUGAAUCUGGACGAUCUGACAAGGAGAGGUCUGUACUUGAGUGACAUCCCAUUGCAUGAUGCCACACGCGAUCUUGUCCUUUUGGGAGAGCAGUUCCGAGAAGAGUACAAGCUGACUCAAGAACUGGAAAUCCUGACAGACAGACUGCAACUUACACUGAGAGCUCUGGAAGAUGAAAAGAAAAAGACAGACACACUGCUGUACUCUGUCCUGCCACCUUCUGUCGCAAAUGAGCUGAGACAUAAGCGCCCCGUGCCUGCCAAGCGGUAUGACAAUGUGACCAUCCUCUUCAGUGGCAUUGUUGGGUUCAACGCUUUCUGUAGCAAGCAUGCAUCUGGGGAAGGGGCCAUGAAGAUUGUGAAUCUUCUAAAUGACCUUUACACCAGAUUUGACAUCCUGACCGAUUCCCGGAGAAAUCCAUUCGUUUAUAAGGUGGAGACUGUCGGGGACAAGUAUAUGACAGUGAGUGGUCUGCCGGAGCCAUGCAUCCACCAUGCCCGAUCCAUUUGUCACCUGGCCCUGGACAUGAUGGAAAUUGCCGGCCAGGUUCAGGUCGAUGGAGAGUCUGUUCAGAUAACAAUAGGAAUUCACACGGGAGAGGUAGUGACAGGGGUCAUAGGUCAGAGGAUGCCUCGAUACUGUCUCUUUGGAAACACCGUUAAUCUCACAAGCAGAACAGAAACCACUGGAGAGAAAGGGAAAAUCAAUGUGUCUGAAUAUACCUACAGAUGUCUCAUGACAUCAGAUAAUUCAGACCAGCAAUUCCAUCUGGAGCACAGAGGACCGGUGUCCAUGAAGGGUAAAAAAGAACCAAUGCAAGUUUGGUUUCUGUCCAGAAAAAGUACGGAGGCUGAGGAUGUCAAGCAAGAAGUAUUCUGAAGUGUGGGGCCCCGGAAGAAGAUGACAAUCUGGGGAUAUUCCUGUUCCCUGUCACCUGCCCAGCCCAACGGCAAUGAUAAAAUGGGGCUCUACA